AUGGGAAACUUCUGCGACUGUUGUGGCGUCAGGGCCAAAGGGCCGGAAGGUUUCCCAGAGUAUGGCAGCGGAGGCAGUGCCAACUGCGGGUUCGCUCUAGCCAGAAAUGACAGAGCCAAAAUGGAAGAUGCAGUGGUGAUCCACCAGGAUGUAGGGGGACACACCUGCGCAGCCGUCUUUGACGGCCACGGUGGCGACAAGGCUGCCAAGCUCGCAAAGGAACUGCUCCCACAGAAGCUGGAUCACCAUCUUCGGCUUGCGAGCGACAAGAAGAAAGCCAUUGACGAUGCCUUCCAAGCAGUAGAGUCUUGCAUGAAACCGCAACUGGCUGACGAGGCCAGUUUGUCACCGUCGGGCACGUCCUCCGGGACGGUAGCAUGUGUAGCUCUUCUCCAAGAGAAGGAGCUUGUGUUUGUGAACCUAGGCGACUGCCGAGCGGUGAUCUGCGACGGCGCCAAGGUCUCAACCAAGACGUUGGACCAUUCCCCGGAAAAAAACUCGGGAGAGAAGUACCGCCUGCAGCAGCUUGGCGUCUCCAUCGAAGGAGGCUAUGUCGAUGGCAAGGUACAGGUGUCCCGAGCACUUGGGGACAUUGAAAGCAGGACUGGUGACAAGAUCAACGGCCUGAUUUGCAGGCCGGAGGUCACAGUCGUGGCCGUGAAAGAUAGUACUGAGUUCGUGGUCCUCGCCACGGAUGGCAUUUGGGAUGCCCUUCAAGAACAGACCGUCCUGACUACAGCUCGGAAGGUGCUGCGGGAAAGUCGCUCUUCAGAAGCUGCCGCGCAGGCAGUGUUGGAAUCUGCAGGAAGGGUUUCCAAAGCAGACAAUGCGGCUGUCAUUGUUUUGGCAAUCAAUAUUCCUGAGCCGCCUCCAAAGCGCGAGCCCGGGCAGAUCGGGCAGUUUCGUUUGAAGCUUGGCUCCAAGACGGAGUGA